AUGAAGGUCCAGACGCUAUGCUCGCUUGCCGCUGUAGGCCUUACCUUUGCUACACCAAUUCAUAACCGACAAGUUUCCACUCAACUAGAAUGCAUAGGCAAUGCAGCAAAGGGGGAACUUGCGGCUGUUAUAGAAAAAACACAGGAAAAAGCACCCCAAGUCUCUGAUAUGCUUAACCAAUAUUCUGCCGACAUUAUUGCCAUGGUCGAAAAUGCGGAGAAUAACGUACCAACUCCAUCUGAUUGGCAAGAGCUUUUGGGUAAAAUGGGUCCCGAAUUGACAGAAUUCGCACAGACCACGACAAAGGAGCAACUGGACUUGCUCAAAUCGGCUACCUCGACAUUCGUCGCCCAGGCGAAAAGCUGUUUGGGGCCAGCUUAG